AUGGAGCUGCAUCCCGGCCGCUUCCCGGCCGCCCGCGCCGCCAACGUGGCCGUGGGGUACCUGCGGUACCUGCGGGGCGGCCCCGGCACCGGGCUGCGGCUGCGGGAGCUGCGCCGGGCGCGGCGCCAGGACAUUGAUGGUGUGGGGCACAAGUACUACCUGGACCUGGAGCUGGAGGAUGUCCUGGACAAAGACAGGACUGUGAACUGCACUGCUGAGGUUCUCUAUCACCUGGGCAGCAAAACCUCUGCUCCAGAUGUGCAGCUGACAGUGCAGGGAGAGCUCAGGAGCACAGAGGAGGCAGACAAGGAGUUCUACCAUCGGAUCAGGAGCCUGGAAAAGGAGCUUGUGGCUGAGAACAUCCCAGACAGCCACGGGAACGUUCCCCCAGAGCUGGAGCCCAUCCACCUGCUGGCCUGGGCGGCCUCUGGCUACGUGAUCUGGCAGAAUUCCACUGAAAACACCAACUUCAACCUUGCCCAAGUGAAACACGUGAAGCAAGUGAAAAGAAAUGAUGAUGAUCUUCAGUUUGACUUUGUGGUUCUACUCCAUGAAAUGGUGUCCCAGGAGGUGCUGCCCUGGCAGGUGACCCUGCUGUGGCACCCCCAGCGUGGGGCCCGAGUGCCCCAGGGCGGCACCGCGGGGGCACCGAGAUCCUGAGGGCAACUGGAGCAACUGGGAGCAACUGGGAGCAACUGGGAACAA